CCAGGGGACCAGGCAGAGCGACUCUGAGAAGCUCCUGAGAAGUGGAUUCGCUCGGGGCCACCACGAUGCCGGGGGCCGCCGGGGUCCUCCUUUUCCUGCUGCUCACUGGGGGCCUCGGGGACAGCCAGGAGCAGCGACUCCCACAGCRUCGACAGCCACAGGCGCAUCAGCAAAGAGGUUUAUUCCCUGCUGUCCUGAAUCUUGCUUCCAAUGCCCUCAUCACAACCAAUGCGACAUGUGGAGAAAGAGGACCUGAAAUGUAUUGCAAGUUGGUAGAGCAUGUCCCUGGGCAGCCUGUACGGAACCCCCAGUGUCGAAUCUGCAAUCAAAACAGCAGUAAUCCAUACCAGAGACACCCUAUUACGAAUGCUAUUGAUGGAAAGAACACUUGGUGGCAGAGUCCCAGUAUUAAGAAUGGAAUCGAAUACCAUUAUGUGACAAUUACACUGGAUUUACAGCAGGUGUUCCAGAUUGCUUAUGUGAUUGUGAAAGCAGCUAACUCCCCUCGGCCUGGGAACUGGAUUUUGGAACGCUCACUUGAUGACAUCGAAUACAAACCCUGGCAGUACCACGCUGUGACGGACACAGAGUGCCUGACCCUCUACAAUAUUUAUCCCCGCACUGGACCUCCAUCCUAUGCCAAAGACGACGAGGUCAUCUGCACUUCAUUUUAUUCCAAAAUACACCCUUUAGAAAAUGGAGAGAUUCACAUUUCUCUGAUCAAUGGAAGACCAAGUGCUGAUGAUCCUUCUCCUGAACUGCUAGAAUUCACCUCUGCUCGCUAUAUCCGCCUGAGAUUCCAAAGAAUCCGCACCUUGAAUGCCGACUUGAUGAUGUUUGCUCACAAAGACCCAAGAGAGAUUGACCCCAUUGUCACAAGAAGAUAUUACUACUCAGUCAAGGAUAUUUCGGUUGGAGGGAUGUGCAUCUGCUAUGGUCAUGCCAGGGCUUGUCCACUUGAUCCAGCGACAAAUAAAUCACGCUGYGAGUGUGAGCACAACACGUGUGGCGAGAGCUGCGAUCAGUGCUGUCCAGGAUUCCAUCAGAAACCUUGGAGAGCUGGGACCUUUCUGACGAAAACCGAGUGUGAAGCAUGCAAUUGCCAUGGAAAAGCUGAAGAAUGCUAUUAUGAUGAAAAUGUUGCCAGAAGAAAUCUGAGUUUAAAUAUACAUGGAAAGUACAUCGGAGGUGGAGUAUGCAUUAACUGCACACAAAACACUGCUGGUAUAAACUGUGAGACAUGUAUUGAUGGCUUCUUCAGACCCAAAGGGGUAUCACCAAAUUAUCCAAGACCAUGCCAGCCUUGUCAUUGUGAUCCCAUGGGUUCCCUGACUGAAGUCUGUGUCAAGGAUGAGAAAUACGCUCGCCGAGGUCUGGCACCUGGAUCCUGUCAUUGCAAAACUGGCUUUGGAGGAGUGAGCUGUGAUCGGUGUGCCAGGGGCUACAUGGGUUACCCAGACUGUAAACCCUGUAACUGCAGUGGCUCAGGGAGCACAAAUGAGGAUCCUUGUUUUGGUCCCUGCAACUGCAAGGAGAAUGUUGAAGGAGGAGAUUGUAGUCGCUGCAAAUCUGGCUUCUUCAAUUUGCAAGAGGAUAACAGGAAAGGCUGUGAUGAGUGUUUCUGUUCAGGGGUUUCAAACAGAUGUCAGAGUUCCUACUGGACCUAUGGCAAUAUACAAGACAUGAGUGGCUGGUAUCUGACCGACAUCUCUGGCCGAAUUCAAGUGUCUCCCCAGCAGGACAACUUGGUGUCGCCUCAGCAGAUCAGCAUCAGUAACGUGGAGGCCCGGAGAGUCCUGCCAGACAGCUACUACUGGAGUGCUCCAGCUCCAUAUUUGGGAAACAAACUCCCAGCCGUAGGAGGACAGUUGACAUUUACUAUCUCAUAUGACCUUGAGGAAGAGGAAGAAGAUACAGAGUAUGUUCUCCAGCUGACUGUCCUCUUAGAGGGAAAUGGCUUGAGAAUCAGCACAGCCCAAGAAGAGGUGUAUCUUCAACCAUCUGAAGAACAUGUCAGCAUGUUAGCACUUAAAGAAGAGUCAUUUACCAUACAUGGCACAAAUUUUCCAGUUAGUAGAAAGGAUUUUAUGACAGUGCUUGUGAAUUUGAAGAGAGUUCUCAUACAAAUCACAUACAACUUUGGGAUGGAUGCCAUCUUCAGGUUGAGCUCUGUGAAGCUUGAAUCUGCUGUCCCAUAUYCUACUGAUGGAAGUGUUGCAGCUGCUGUGGAAAUCUGUCAGUGUCCACCAGGGUAUAGUGGCUCCUCUUGUGAAAAGAGACACCAUGCUAACGCUUCCUCUAAUCUCAAACCUGCCAAUAACAGUAAGUCUUGUUGGCCUCGGUACAGAAGAGUUAACGGCACCAUAUUUGGUGGCAUCUGUGAACCAUGUCGAUGCUUUGGUCAUGCAGAAUCCUGUGAUGACAUUACAGGAGAAUGCCUGAACUGUAAGGAUCAUACAGGUGGCCCCUAUUGCAAUAUAUGUCUUCCUGGUUUUUAUGGUGAUCCUACUCAAGGAACUGCUGAAGAUUGCAAGCCCUGUGCUUGUCCACUCAAUAUUCCAUCCAAUAACUUUAGCCCGACCUGCCAUUUAGACCAGAGUCUUGGCCUGAUCUGUGAUGCAUGUUCUGUUGGGUACACAGGACCACGCUGUGAAAGGUGUGCAGAAGGCUAUUUUGGACAACCCUCUGUACCUGGAGGAUCAUGUCAACCAUGUCAAUGCAAUGACAACCUUGACUUCUCCAUCCCUGGCAGCUGUGACAGCUUGUCUGGCUCCUGUCUGAUAUGUAAGCCAGGUACAACAGGCCGGUACUGUGAGCUCUGUGCUGAUGGAUAUUUUGGAGACGCAGUUGAUGCAAAGAACUGUCAGCCCUGUCGUUGUAAUGUCAAUGGCUCCUUYUCAGAGAUUUGCCACCCUCGAACAGGACAGUGUGAUUGCAGACCCAAUGUGCAGGGACGCCGGUGUGAUGAAUGUAAGCCCAGUAUGUGGUGGGAUCCAGAGAAGCAAGUCUGUGUGCCCUGUGACUGCAAUCUCAUGGGCUCAGUGUCACCCCAAUGUGAUACAACAGGAAGAUGUAUCUGUAAAUCAGGCUUUAUAGGGAAACAGUGCAACCUCGGCAGGCAGGUGCAUCAACAGGAGGAGCAGCCACGGAGAGCACAACGCGUGCUGGGGUCUCCCAGGAGGUGGGGGUCCAGCAGUUCCAGUGGGUGUCCUCGGGGAGCCUAUCGGGCCCCAGCUCGGCCUGAAACAUUUGGCCUACAAUCAGCCAGGGGUUGUGUUCCCUGCAACUGCAAUUCUUUUGGGUCUAAAUCAUUUGACUGUGAAGAGAAUGGACAGUGUUGGUGCCAGCCUGGUGUGGCAGGGAAGAAAUGUGACCGUUGUGCCCGGGGCUAUUUCAACUUCCAAGAAGGAGGCUGCACAGCUUGUGACUGUUCCCACCUGGGUAAUAACUGUGACCCAAAAACUGGUCAAUGCAUUUGCCCUCCAAACACCAUUGGAGAAAAAUGUUCUAAAUGUGCAUCAAAUACGUGGGGCCACAGUAUUGUCACUGGUUGUCAGGCUUGUAAUUGCAGCAUGGUGGGCUCCUUGGAUUCCCAGUGCAAUGUGAACACAGGCCAGUGCAAGUGUCACCCAAAAUUCUCUGGUGCAAAAUGUGCAGAGUGUAAUCGAGGUCACUGGAACUACCCUCACUGCAAUCUCUGUGACUGCUUCCUGCCAGGGACAGAUGCCUCCACCUGUGACUCAGAGGCUGGAAAAUGCUCUUGCAGUGAUCAAACUGGCCAGUGCACUUGUAAGGUGAAUGUGGAAGGCAUCCACUGUGACAGGUGUCGGCCAGGGAAAUUUGGACUUGAUGCCAAGAACCCACUUGGCUGCAGCAGCUGCUAUUGCUUCGGUGUUACUACUGGGUGCUCUGAAGCAAAAGGACUGAUCCGAACGUGGGUAACUCUGAAGGCUGAGCAGACCAUUCUGCCUCUAGUGGACGAGGCUCUGCAGCACACAACUACCAAAGGCAUUGCUUUUCAACAUCCUGAGAUUGUAGCAGACAUGGAUCUGGUGAGAAAAGACCUCCACUUGGAACCUUUUUAUUGGAAACUCCCAGAACAAUUUGAAGGAAAGAAGUUGAUGGCCUACGGAGGCAAACUCAAGUACACAAUCUAUUUUGAGGCUCGGGAAGAGACAGGCUUCUCUACUUAUAAACCUCAAGUUAUCAUUCGAGGUGGGACUCCUACUCAUGCUAGAAUUAUCAUCAGGCAUGUGGCUGCACCGCUCAUUGGCCAACUGACAAGGCAUGAAAUUGAAAUGACAGAGAAAGAAUGGAAAUAUUAUGGUGAUGAUCCUCGAGUCACUAGAUCUGUAACCCGCGAAGACUUCUUGGAUACACUAUAUGACAUUCAUUAUAUUCUUAUCAAGGCUACUUAUGGAAACAUCAUGAGACAAAGCAGAAUUUCUGAAAUUGCCAUGGAGGUAGCUGAACCAGGACGUAUAACUGCAGAGAGUCCUCCAGCUCACUUGAUAGAAAAAUGUGAUUGUCCUGUGGGCUAUUCUGGAUUGUCCUGUGAGACAUGUAUGCCAGGAUUUUAUCGACUUCGUUCUGAACCACGUGGCCGCAUCCCUGGUCCCACCCUGGGAACAUGUGUUCCAUGUCAGUGCAAUGGACACAGUAGCCUGUGUGAUCCUGAAACAUCCAUAUGCCAGAAUUGUCAGCAUCACACUACUGGUGAUUUCUGUGAACGGUGUGCUCUUGGAUACUAUGGCAUUGUCAAGGGAUUGCCAAAUGACUGUCAGCAAUGUGCUUGCCCUCUGAUUUCUCCCAGCAACAAUUUCAGCCCUUCUUGCGUCAUCCAAGGCAUUGAUGAUUACCGCUGCACAGCUUGUCCACGGGGAUAUGAAGGCCAAUACUGUGAAAGGUGUGCCCCUGGCUACACUGGCAGUCCAAGCAGCCCUGGAGGCUCCUGCCAAGAAUGUGAGUGUGACCCCUAUGGCUCACUGCCUGUCCCCUGUGACCCAGUCACAGGACUCUGCACAUGCCGCCCUGGAGCCACGGGAAGGAAGUGUGAUGGCUGCAARCACUGGCAUGCACGCGAGGGCUCCGAGUGUGUUUUCUGUGGAGAUGAAUGCACAGGCCUGCUUCUCGAUGACCUGGCUCGCCUGGAGCAAAUGGCCAUGAGCAUCAACCUCACGGGCCCACUGCCUGCUCCGUAUAAAAUUCUCUAUGGCAUUGAAAAUACAACUCAGGAAUUAAAGCACCUGCUCUCACCCCAGCGGGCCCCUGAGAGGCUUAUUCAGUUGGCAGAAGGCAAUCUGAAUACACUUGUGAUGGAAAUGAAUGAGCUUCUGACCAGGGCUACCAAAGUGACAGCAGAUGGUGAGCAAACGGGACAGGAUGCUGAGAGGACCAACACAAGAGCAAAGUCCCUUGGAGAAUUUGUUGAAAAGCUUGCCCACGAUGCAGAAGCUGUAAAUGAAAAAGCCAUAAAACUAAAUGAAACUCUAGGAACUCAAGACAAGGCCCCUGAGAGAAAUUUACAAGAGCUUCAGAAAGAGAUAGAUCAGUUGAUGAAAGAGCUGAGGAGGAAAAAUCUGGAUAAACAAAAGGAAGUUGCAGAAGAUGAGUUGGUAGCUGCAGAAGGCCUUUUGAAGAAAGUAAACAAGCUAUUUGGAGAGUCCAGAGGCAAAAAUGAACAAUUGGAGAAGGAUCUCAGGGAGAAACUGGCUGACCACAAGAACAAAGUUGAUGAWGCUUGGGACCUGCUGAGAGAAGCCACAAAUAAAACCAGAGAAGCGAAUCGCUUAUCUGCUGCCAACCAAAAAAUCAUGACUGCUUUAGAGGAAAAGAAGGAGGCAGUUCAAAGUGGCAAAAGACAAAUUGAGAACACUUUAAAAGAAGGCAAUGACAUACUUGAUGAAGCCAAACGACUUGCAGAUGAAAUCGGCUCAGUCAUAGAAUAUGUUGAAGACAUUCAGACUAAAUUGCCACCAAUGUCUGAGGAACUUAAAGAUAAAAUAGAUGACCUCUCCCAAGAAAUAAAGGACAGGAAGCUUGCUGAGAAGGUGUCCCAGGCUGAAAGCCACGCAGCUCAAUUGAAUGACUCAUCUGCUGUACUUGAUGGAAUCCUUGAUGAGGCUAAAAACAUCUCCUUCAAUGCCACUGCAGCCUUCAAUGCUUACAGCAAUAUUAAAGACUACAUUGAUGAAGCUGAGAAAGUUGCCAAAGAAGCCAAAGGUCUUGCACAAGAAGCUACAAGACUGGCAUCAGGUCCUCAAGGUUCAUUGAAGGAAGAUGCCAAAGGCUCUCUUCAAAAAAGCUUCAGGAUUCUUAAUGAAGCCAAGAAAUUAGCAAAUGAUGUAAAAGAAAAUAAUGACCAUCUAAAUGAUUUGACAACCAGGUUAGAGAAUGCUGAAGACAGAAAUKGUGAUCUCCUGAGAGCUUUGAAUGACACUUUGGGAAAGUUAUCYGCCAUUCCAAAUGACACAGCGGCUAAACUGCAAGCUGUUAAGGACAAAGCCAGACAAGCCAACGACACCGCCAAAGAUGUACUGGCUCAGAUUAAAGAGCUCCACCAGAACCUGGAUGGCCUGAAGCAAAAUUACAAUAAACUGGCAGAUAGCGUGGCCAAAACGAAUGCGGUGAUAAAAGAUCCUUCCAAGAACAAAAUCAUUGCAGAUGCAGAUGCCACUGUGAAAAAUCUAGAACAAGAAGCUGAUCGGCUGAUAGAUAAAUUGAAACCCAUCAAGGAACUUGAGGAUAACCUGAAGAAAAACAUCUCUGAGAUCAAGGAACUGAUAAAUCAAGCCCGGAAACAAGCCAAUUCUAUCAAAGUAUCUGUGUCUUCCGGAGGUGACUGCAUUCGAACAUACAAGCCGGAAAUCAAGAAAGGAAGCUACAAUAAUAUUAUUGUCAACGUCAAGACAGCCGUUGCUGACAACCUCCUUUUUUAUCUUGGAAGUGCCAAAUUUAUUGACUUUCUGGCUAUAGAAAUGCGUAAAGGCAAAGUAAGUUUCCUCUGGGAUGUUGGAUCUGGAGUUGGGCGUGUGGAAUAUCCAGAUUUGACUAUUGAUGAUUCACAUUGGUACCGUAUUGAAGCAUCAAGAACGGGAAGAAAUGGAUCUAUUUCUGUGAGAGCCCUGGAUGGACCCAAAGCCAGCAUUGUGCCCAGCACCUACCACUCAGUAUCCCCUCCAGGAUACACCAUUCUAGAUGUGGAUGCAAAUGCAAUGCUGUUUGUUGGUGGCUUGACUGGGAAAUUAAAGAAGGCCGAUGCUGUGCGUGUGAUUACAUUCACUGGCUGUAUGGGAGAAACACACUUUGAUGGUAAACCUAUAGGUUUGUGGAAUUUCCGAGAAAAAGAAGGUGACUGCAAAGGAUGUACUGUAAGUCCUCAGGUGGAAGACAGUGAAGGGACUAUUCAGUUUGAUGGAGAAGGUUAUGCAUUGGUCAGCCGCCCCAUUCGCUGGUACCCCAAUAUCUCCACUGUCAUGUUCAAGUUCCGGACAUUUUCAUCAAGUGCUCUCCUCAUGUACCUUGCCACAAGAGACCUGAAAGAUUUCAUGAGUGUAGAGCUCAGUGAUGGGCACAUAAAAGUCAGCUAUGAUCUGGGGUCAGGAAUGGCUUCCGUUGUCAGCAAUCAAAACCAUAAUGAUGGAAGAUGGAAAUCAUUCACCCUGUCAAGAAUUCAAAAACAAGCCAACAUAUCCAUUGUAGAUAUAGAUACUAACCAGGAGGAGAACAUAGCAACUUCAUCUUCUGGAAACAACUUUGGUCUUGAUUUGAAAGCAGAUGACAAAAUAUAUUUUGGUGGCCUGCCAACCCUGAGAAACUUGAGUAUGAAAGCAAGGCCAGAAGUAAAUGUGAAGAAAUAUUCUGGCUGCCUCAAAGAUAUUGAAAUUUCAAGAACUCCAUACAACAUACUCAGUAGUCCUGAUUACGUUGGCGUUACCAAAGGAUGUUCGCUGGAGAACGUUUACAUAGUUAGCUUCCCCAAGCCUGGUUUUGUGGAACUUGUUCCUGUGUCGAUUGAUGUAGGCACAGACAUCAAUCUGUCCUUCAGCACCAAGAAUGAGUCUGGGAUCAUUCUCUUGGGAAGCGGAGGAGUAUCAGCACCACCUAGGAGAAAACGGAGGCAGACUGGACAGGCCUAUUAUGCCAUAUUCCUCAACAAGGGGCGUCUGGAAGUGCAUCUCUCCAUGGGGACACGAACAAUGAGGAAAAUUGUUGUCAGACCAGAGCCAAGUCUGUUUCAUGAUGGGAGAGAACAUUCUGUUCAUGUGGAGAGAACUAGAGGCAUCUUCACUGUUCAAGUCGAUGAAGAUAAAAGACACAUGCAAAAUCUCACAGUAGAACAGGCUAUUGAAGUCAAAAAGCUUUUCAUUGGGGGUGCUCCACCUGAAUUCCAACCUCCCCCACUCAGAAACAUUCCUCCUUUUGAAGGCUGUGUGUGGAAUCUUGUUAUUAACUCUGUCCCCAUGGACUUUGCCCAGCCUGUAUCCUUCAAAAAUGCAGACAUUGGUCGCUGUACCCAUCAGAAACCCCUGGAAGAUGAAGAUGGAGGAGUUCCAGCUGAAAUCAUUAUCCAGCCUGAGCCAGUUCCCACCCCAGCCUUCCUUACUCCCAGCCCAGCUGUGGCACAUGGACCUUGUGCUGCAGAAUCAGAACCAGCUCUUUUGAUGGGGAGCAAGCAGUUCGGACUUUCAAAAAACAGUCACAUUGCAAUUGCCUUUGAUGACACAAAAGUUAAAAACCGCCUCACAAUUGAGUUGGAAGUGCGAACCGAAGCUGAAUCAGGCUUGCUUUUUUACAUGGCUCGGAUCAAUCAUGCUGAUUUUGCUACAGUUCAGCUGAGAAAUGGAUUGCCGUACUUCAGUUAUGACUUGGGGAGUGGUGACACCAACACCAUGAUCCCCACCAAAAUCAAUGAUGGCCAGUGGCACAAGAUUAAGAUUGUGCGAAUUAAGCAAGAAGGAAUUCUUCAUGUAGAUGAUGCCUCCAACAGAACCAUCAGUCCCAAGAAAGCAGACAUCCUGGAUGUUGUGGGAAUGCUGUAUGUUGGUGGGUUACCCAUCAACUAUACCACCCGAAGAAUUGGUCCAGUGACCUACAGCAUUGAUGGCUGCAUUAGGAAUCUUCACAUGGAAGAAGCUCCUGUUGAUCUUGAACAACCKACCUCUAGCUUCCAUGUCGGGACCUGCUUUGCGAAUGCUCAGAGAGGAACCUAUUUUGAUGGGACAGGUUUUGCCAAAGCAGUUGGUGGAUUCAAAGUGGGAUUGGACCUUCUUGUAGAAUUUGAGUUCCGCACAACCAGAACAACUGGGGUUCUUUUGGGAAUCAGCAGUCAAAAAAUGGAUGGGAUGGGAAUUGAAAUGAUUGAUGAAAAGCUUAUGUUUCAUGUGGACAAUGGUGCUGGCCAAUUCACUGCUGUCUACGAUGCUGGGAUCCCAGGAUAUUUGUGUGAUGGACGAUGGCACAGAGUCACAGCCAACAAGAUCAAACACCGCAUUGAGCUCACAGUAGAUGGGAACCAGGUGGAAGCCCAAAGCCCAAACCCAGCAUCUACGUCAGCUGAUACAAAUGACCCUGUGUUUGUUGGAGGUUUCCCAGCUGGCCUCAACCAGUUUGGCCUGACAACCAACAUUAGAUUCCGAGGUUGCAUUCGAUCCCUGAGGCUCACCAAAGGCACCGGGAAGCCAUUGGAGGUUAAUUUUGCCAAGGCYUUAGAACUAAGGGGUGUGCAACCUGUAUCAUGCCCAGCUGACUAAUAAAAAUAAGUUCAAAUCCCAGAAGCAUCCAUAAAAACAAGUAUAUCUACUCAAACAAAUCUGUUUUACCUAUAUAUAUUAAUACAACUAAUUUGUGCCCAUAUAUCGAAUUCUUUCUAUAUACAGAUGGUGCUAAUUCAGACCCCAGAUUGAAUUUCAAUUCAAGUUCUUUCUCAAGUUUAUGAAUAUUAAACCUACUAUUUCAUUCUAAAUAACUGCUUGUUUUGUGCGAUUUUUAAAAAUAAAAGGCAACUGACCAUAAUUUAUUGUAUUUGCAGCAUGUCGGUCAUUUCAGGAAAAAGARCUCAGAUGCAAUUUGUGAAGGAAACUUAAAAAAAAAAAAAACUUACUUCUAUUAAUACUUUUAUCAUCAAUUUCCAAGCUUUGGCUUUCUGUCCAAGCCAUUGAAAACAAGUGGAUUUGGCAUGUGUGAUUAGAAGGA